UGAUGACCUUCUCUGAGGUGUGGGAGGAAGAGUGGGAGACUUGGCUGUCCGGAUCCACCCUGCCCCUCUCCUGCCCGAUUCUGAAUUAGGAUGUUUCCACCUCACUUCUCCCUUUUGCUGCUGCUGAUUGAGACUCUGCUAGAAAGAGCAAAGUGAGGUGCCCCAGAGUCCAGAUGAAGCCCUCAGUCCUGUUUGCUGUCCUCCUCUGGAUCCGGGGCUUCUUGGCCCAGGGAGAUGAGUGUCACACCCUGGCAAAGAGCCCAGACGGAGAGAGUGGAGGACCACCUCUGAAGGUGAACGUCAGCAGCCAGGGGAGGCCUACUAGCCUCUUCCUGAGCUGGGGAAGCCCGGGGCCAGACAAGUUCAGCCAUGCCCUCCGCCUCACCCACCUGAGUCCCCUGGGCUCUCCAGAAGGGCCACAGCUCCAGGCCCACACCAACGCAUCCAGCUUUGAGUUCCAGGACCUGGUGCCAGGAAGUCUCUACCUCCUGGAAGUGACUACCCUGGGACCCUGUGGGCAGAAUGCCACCAUCAUCCUCACUGCCCACACUGCCCCAUCGACUGUAUGCAACCUGCGGCUCCAUAGCUCCGGGAGCCCAUCCAGCCUCGAGGCCUCAUGGGGUGCUGCCCCUGGGGGACAGGAUGGCUACCAACUUCUCCUCUACCACCUAGAAUCCAAGACACUGGCACAUAAUAUCUCCUUGCCGCCGGGCAGCCUGUCCUGCAAUUUUAGCGACCUCUUACCAGGUAGCGAGUAUGUUCUGGAGGUUACCACCUGGGUAGGCAAACUCCAGGCGAAGACCAGCACCCACCAGUGGACAGCCCCCGUGUCUCCCCACCAGCUGGCGCUCCAUACCCUGGGCACCCAUGCCCUGCAAGCCUCCUGGAAUGGCUCUGAGGGGGCAGCCUGGUUCCACCUCAUGCUCACAAACCUCCUGGGCGGCACCAGUCUGACUGCAGUAGUCAGACGAGGGGUCUCCAAUCACACCUUCCUUCACCUCUCUCCGGGCACCCCCUACAAGCUGACGCUCAGUGCUGUUGCCGGGUCCCAACAGGCAGCGGCGCCCAACGUCACCGAGUGGACCUAUCCUUCUGCACCCCUGGACCUGAUGCUCAUUCCCCUGCCCUUGGAGCUCUGGGCAAGCUGGAAGGCAGGGUCUGGUGCCCGGGAUGGCUACCUGCUCAGGCUAACUGGGCAGGUGGAGAAGACCACCAGGCUGGGCCCCGGAGCCCUCAAUGCCACAUUCCCAGGGCCCCUGCCCCCUGGACCCUACACACUGGAGCUGGGGGUCCUGGCUGGACCCUAUGAUGCCUGGGCCCGGGCCAGUGCCUGGCUGAAUGAUUCUGCUGCCCAGUCCAGACUAAGCAAUGGUACUGCGCUGCCACUGGAUGGGCUGGUGGCCACCAGGGAGCCUGGGAGGCGGGCGCUGCCCUACACCGAGGGAAACUCUGGCCUCCUUGGAAACAGCUCCAUGCCACCUGCUACCACCCAGGUCAUUUUGCAUGAGCUGGGGCCUGGGGUGGACAUUGGCUCAUCUCUGGGAAACGUUACCCAGAGCCCCACAGGCCAUACAAAGCCCCUGGCACCACAGUCACUGGACGUCACCGGCAGGGGCAGCCCUUCUGACCUGACCAUUGGCUGGGCCCCAGCACCAGGGGGACAGGAAGGCUUCAGGGUCACCUGGCAUUUGGAGGGCAGCCAGAGGUCACCGGGCAGUCUUAUCGACUUGGGACCCAACAGUUCCAGCCUGACUUUGAGGGGCCUGGUGCCCGGCUCCUGCUACACUGUGUCAGUGCGGGCCUGGGCAGGGAACUUCAGCUCCCCCAUCCGGAAGACUCGUGCCUGCACCCUUCCUGCUCCUCCUGCCAACUUGAGCCUGGGCCUUGCCACCCAGCCUCCUGCCCUGACUGCCUCCUGGAGUCCCCCGCUGGGCGACAGAGAUGGCUUCCAGCUGCGGCUUUACCGCCUGAGGCCCCUGACUCUGGAAAGCAAGGAGGCUCUGGCUCCUGAGGUCCAGAACUUCUCCUGGACCCAGCUGCCUCCAGGCACCGCUUUCCUGGUUCAGCUGGCCACCUUGCGGGGCCCAGAUGAGAGCAGCAGCGCCAAUGCCACCAGCUGGACGCCCCCCCUUGCCCCUCUUUUGGUAAAUGUGACCCCUGAAGGUCCCACCCAGCUCCAGGCAUCCUGGGUGCAUGCUCCUGGGGUGCGAGAUGGCUACCAGGUGACUCUGUACCAGGCGGGUGCCCAGGCAGGUGCCAGAACCGUGGGAGCUGAGGUGGACAGCACAAGCUUCUCAGCUCUGACCCCAGGCACUCAGUACGAGGUGGAGAUCGUGUCUCGGGCUGGGCCUCUCAGCUCUGCAGCCGCCAAUGCCUCUGGCUGGACCUCCCCGCUCCUGCCCAAUGAGCUGUUGGUGUCAAUGCAGACGGGCAGUGCUGUAAUCGACCUCUCCUGGGCCAGUGGCCCCUUGGGGCAGGGGCUGUGCCAUGCCCAACUCUCAGAGGCUGGGCACCUUUCCUGGGAGCAGCCCCUGGCGCUCGGCCAAGCCCGCCUCAUUCUAAGGGACCUCACACCUGGACGCCAUCUCUCCCUGUCCGUGCUGUGCCAGGCGGGGCCACUCCAGGCAUCCACUCACCCCGUGGUGCUGCCUGUUGAGCCUGGCCCCGUGGAGGAUGUGCAGUGCCAGUCCGAGGCCACUCGCCUGGCCCUGCACUGGAUGGUGCCUUCGGGGGACGUGGACACCUGUCUGGUAGUGGCAGAGCAUCUGGCUGCGGGAGGGCAUGCCCACAUCGUCUUCCAAGCUAACACAUCUGGGGACACCCUCCUGUUGCCCGACCUGCUGCCCGCCACUUCCUAUCGCAUCAGUCUCACCGUGCUGGGCAAGAACGGUCUGUGGAGUCGUGUGGUCACGCUGCUGUGCACCACUUCUGCGGAAGGCUGGCAUGCCCCAGACUUAGUGGCAGCCCCCCAGCUGGAGCCCGAGAAGGGGAUGGGAGUGAUGAUCACACGGGGUAUGUUUGGCCAGGCCGACGGGCAGAUCCAGUGGUAUGGCAUCAUUGCCUCCACCAACAUGUCACUAGUGCGACCGCCCCAGGAAGCCAUCAACCACACGUGGUAUGACCACUACUAUGGAGGACAUGACUCCUACCUGGCCGUCCUGCUUCCCAACCCCUUCUACCCAGGGCCCUGGGCUCUGCCGAGAUCCUGGAUGGUGCCUAUGGGAACAGAGGACUGUGGCCAGACCCAGGGGAUAUGUAAUGGCCCACUCAAGCCAGGUUCCCAGUAUCGGUUCAGUGUUGUGGCCUUUACCAGAUACAGCCCUCCUGAGACCAUUGUCUCCUUCUCCGCCUUCUCAGAGCCCCGGGCCAGUGUCUCUGGGGCAGCCAUGCCCCUCCCAGCAGCAGUGGGCCUCAUCACGGGCUGUGUCCUCGCUGUCUGUGCCCUGCUCAGCCUGCUGUGCUGGAGGAGGGUGAAGGGGCAGAGGGCAGAGAAGAAUCGGUUUUCCCUGGAGCUGACAGCUCAUAACCUGCGGCGGACCCACCGGCCGAUCCCUAUUCAAAGCUUCCAGCAGAGCUUUGAGGCCAAGAGUGCCCACGCUCACCAAGCGUUCUUUCAGGAGUUCGAGGAGCUGAAGGAGGUGGGCAAGGAGCAGCCCAGGCUGGAGGCUGAGCACCCUGCCAAUGCCACCAAGAACCGCUACCCGCAUGUGCUGCCCUAUGAUCACUCCCGGGUCAGGCUGACCCAGCUGGAGGGGGAGCCCCACUCCGACUACAUCAAUGCCAACUUCAUCCCGGGCUACACCCACCCACAGGAAUUUAUUGCCACCCAGGGGCCUCUCAGGAAAACCCUGGAGGACUUCUGGAGGCUUGUGUGGGAGCAGCAGGUCCAUAUCAUCGUCAUGCUGACUGUGGGCAUGGAGAAUGGGAGGGUGCUGUGUGAGCAUUAUUGGCCAGCAGACCUUACCCCCGUCACCUAUGGUCACAUCACAGUCCACCUGCUGGCUGAGGAGCCUGAGGAAGAGUGGACCAAGCGAGAAUUCCAGCUGCAGCAUAUUGCCCAGCAACAGCAGCGGAGGGUGAAGCAGCUGCAAUUCACCACCUGGCCUGACCACAGCGUCCCUGAGGCCCCCAACUCCCUGCUCGCCUUCGUGGAACUGGUGCGGGAGCAGGCACGGGCCACCCAGGGCACUGGCCCCAUCCUGGUGCACUGCAGUGCCGGUGUGGGACGCACGGGCACCUUCGUGGCCCUGUCAAGGCUGCUGCAGCAGCUGGAGGAGGAGCAGGCGGUAGACGUGUUCAACGCGGUGUACGCGCUGCGGCUGUACCGGCCCCUCAUGAUCCAGACCCCGAGCCAAUACAUCUUCCUGCACAGCUGCCUCCUGAACAAGAUACUGGAAGGGCCCUUGGACACCCCUGCAACUGAGAAGACCAGAAGCGGGAGCUGGGAAACCCCGAGUGCCUUCUCCCCUCCCCGCCCUUCCCCCAGAUCCCUGCCCAUUUCGGUGACCAACUUUGCACAGGCCUGCGCCAAGAGGGCGGCCAAUGCCAACGCCGGCUUCUUGAAAGAGUACAAGCUCCUGCUCCAGGCCAUCAAGGAUGAGGCAGACUCUUCCGCGCCCCCUCCUGGCCAGGAGCAGAACAGCACGGUCUCCUAUGACUCUUCUCAAGUGCGGUUUUCUCUGGUGGAGGAAAGCCCCCCUAAAGAGAUGCUCGAAGCCUGGCUCUUCCCUGGUGGGCCUUCUGGCCACGACCACGUUGUGCUGACUGGCCCUGCAGGGCCCAAGGAGCUCUGGGAGCUGGUGUGGGAGCACGGGGCCCAUGUGCUGGUCUCCCUGUGCCCACCUGACACCUGGGAGAAGGAGUUCUGGCCGACGGAGAAGCAGCCCAUUGUCACGGACAUGGUCACGGUGCACUGGGUGGCCGAGAGCAGCGCGGCAGGCUGGCCCUGUACCCUCCUGAGGGUCACACAUGAGGAGAGUAGGAAGGAGAGGCAGGUGCAGAGGCUGCUGUUUCCAUGCUGGAAGCCAGGGCGUGAGCUCCCUGCCACCACCCUGCUGCCUUUCUUGGCUGCGGUGGGCCGGUGCUGCUCUCGGGACACGAUGAAGCCAGGCACACUGCUCAGCCACUCCAGCAAGCGUGUGGCUCACUUGGGCACCUUCCUGGCCAUGGAUCAGCUGCUGCAGCAGGCGGGGGCAGAGUGCACCGUGGACAUCUUUAAUGUGGCCUUGCAGCAGUCACAGGCCUGUGGCCUCAUGACCCCAACGCUGGAGCAGUAUAUCUACCUGUACAACUGUCUGAACAGCGCGCUCACGGAUGGGCUGCCUUGAGUCAGCACGGUCCCUGUGCUGUGCGGGAGCAGAAGUCAUCUGUACCGUGCCGGGCAGUGACCAUCAGCCUCAGCAAGACCGCUGGGGCCAGGUUCCACCAGGAGGGCCUCCCGCACACUGGGCCCUGUGUCGUGAAGGGGAAGAGAUGAGCGAUAAAGAAUGUGCUCCAGGGGCGCCUGGGUGGCUCAGUCGGUUAAGCGUCCAGCUUCGGCUCAGGUCAGAUCUCACAUUCGUGGGUU